AUGGGAUUUAGGUUUAGUCCGUCCGAAACCGAAAGGUUGUCGUAUUUGCUGAACAAGGUGGUCGGUCGGCCAAUGAUCGAGGAGCAGUUCAUAGCCACCGACGACUUUUACGGCCCGAAGGAACCCCGCGAUAUUUUUGGAGACGCGGACCGCCGCGAAACCGAGCGCUACUUCUUCACGAGGCUCAAGAAAAUUGGAAAGAGAUUCUCGCGCAACGUGGGGAAAGGGGGGACUUGGUCGAACAAAGGCCAGGCGACCCCUAUUUUCGGUGACGACAAAGGCGUGAUCAUGGGCUACCGGAGAACUUUCAGGUACCGGCCGGCCAAGACCAACUCCGGCGAAGAAGACUAUGUGUGGCUGAUGACGGAGUACGUUCUUCCCGACACCGCCUUGAAGUCCAACGCCAUUAAAGAAGAUUCCAAGACUUAUGCUCUGUGUGUUCUGAAGCGAAAAUGGCAGGGGAAGUGCUCGACCAAUUGUUCGUGUUCUUCGUGUGUUGUGUCUAUGCCUCCUGCGGAUUGUGUGGUUUUUGGAGAGUCGGUCUCGAAGGAGACGGUGGAUUGGGCCCAUGAUCUGGAUCGUCUAUUGAGCAGUAGUAGUUGUUUGCCGCCUUCGGUUGAUGAUGUGGUUUUCGGAGAAUCGAGCACUCAAGAGACUGCUGACGAGGAUUGGGUUCGUGAGUUGGAGAAGAGUAUUAUGGAUAAUGAUGAUGACUGUUUGCCGCCUUCGGUUGAUGAUGUGGUUUUCGGAGAAACGAGCAUUCAAGAGACUGCUGACGAGGAUUGGGUUCGUGAGUUGGAGAAGAGUAUUAUGGAUAAUGAUGAUGACUGUUUGCUGCCUUCGGUCGAUGAGGUUGUUUUCAGAGAGUCGAGCACUCAAGAGACUGGUGACGAGGAUUGGGUUCGUGAGUUGGAGAAGAGUAUUAUGGAUCACGAUGGCAAGUCCCUCGAGAAGCCAAUUGAUGACGAGGAGGUUUGGGUUCGUGAGCUCGAGGAGAGUAGGGAUUGUAUCGAGAAGCCUAUUGAUGACGAGGGUCGAUUUACGAACGAGUCGAAUCCCGUGGACGAAAGUUUCGAAAAGGAGCUGAUGGAUUUCUUUGACUUUGAGCUGCCGGCCGACGAGCCCUCCCUGUGGGACAAUCUACCUGACGAUGGCCGAUUUUUCUGGAAGGAAGACUAUGCGACGAGUGAUGUCCCCAACAUGCCGAUUAUUGCCGCUAACUGA